AUGGUACUAGCGGGUCGGGCCCUCUUGUGCCUCUGGACACGUCGGCCCCGCCCUGGACACGUCGGUCCCGCCCUGGACACGUCGGCCCCCGCGCCCUGGACACGUCGGGCCCCCGCCCUGGAGUGCCUCCACCCUGGACACGUCGGCCCCGCCCUGGACAGUCACGCCCCGCCCCUGUGCACGUCGCCCCGCCCUGGACCACGUCGGUCCCGCCCUGGACACGUCGGUCCCGCCCUAAACACGUCGUCCCUGCCCUGGCACGACGUCGGUCCCGCCUCUGGACACGUUUUCGGCCCCCCUCCCCUUGUGUACACGUCGGUGCCGGGGUCCGCUCCCUUGGACACGUCAGGUCCUCCGCCCUUGGACACUGUGCGCCCGGCCCUGGACACGUCGGCCCCCUGCCCUGGAACCGUUCCCGUGGCCUUGCGGUCUGUCGCGGGCCUGGGCACGUCAGGCUACCCUUGCCCUGACACGUCGGUCCCGCCUGGGGACACGUCGGGGGUCCCAGCCCUGGAGGCUACGGAUCGGCUCUCUGGCACUGGACACGUCAGGUUCCGGUGGGCCUGCGGAUCUACCGACUGUCGGUCCCCGCCCUGGAGCAGUGGUCGUCGGUCCCGGGUCCUGUCCUGGAUCACGUCCUGGCCUACCUGGCUCCUGGACUAUCGUCGGCCCCGCCCUGGACAACGGCGGCCCUGUGCCCUUGUGACAUCGUCGGUCCCCGCCUGGGGUACACAGUCGCACCCUGCCCCAUUGGACGUAAUCGUCCCUGCUUGGAAUCGAUCGAGGGUCGUCCCUUGUGUGCCUCUAUACACGUCGUCCCGCCCUGGACACGUCGCCGCCGCCCGGGUGGAUCACGUCUGGUCCCCGGCCCUGGAGAACGUCGCCUCGUGCCCUGGUAUUACGUUUUCGCUUCCGCUCUCCGGACAUCCUGUCGGCCCUGGCCCGGACAACGUCGGCCUCCUUGUCCCUUGGACACGUCGGCCCGCCCUGGACCACGGUCGGCCCCUUGCCUCUUGGUUACACGUCCCCUGCCUGGAUCUCUGUCUGGCCCGCCCUGGACACGUCGAGCCCCCGCUCCUGGACUACGUCGGCUUUCGCUCGCUGGACCACGUGGCCCCGUCCUUGGGACACGUCGGCCUCCGCUCGGACACGUCGGCUCUCCGACCCUGGAUCACGUUUCGAGCCUUCCGCCCUGGUAUCCGUUCGCCCCUAGCCCUUGGACACGUCGGCCCCGCUCCUGGAUCCGUUCGGCCCCCGCCCCUGGACAUCGUGCCGGCUCACCGCCCUGGACAACCCCUGGACACGCUCGGCCCCGCCCUGGACACGUCGGCCCCGCCUGGACACGUUCCGGCCUUUUCGCCCUUGACAUACUCGGGUAAAGUAUCGGCCUUCCGCCCUUGGACACCGUCGGCCCCGGGCCCUGGACAACGUCGGGCGUCCCUUUUUGCCCUUUGGAUCCUAACUGUCGUCGCGUGUGCCUGGGUGCCCUGGACGACGUUCGGCCUCUGUCCUGGACAGGCGUCUGUCCUCCCUGCCCUGGACGGGACGUCGCCCCGCCCUGGCACGUCGGCUGCGGCACGCCCUGGAACAGCGUCGCGCCCGCCACUGGUACGAGCGGUCGGCAGCGCGGGGCCUGGAGCACGGUCGGCGCGGCCGGCCGCUGGACACGUCGGCCGGGCCGCCCCUGAGCACGUCGGCCCGCCCUGGAACUCGGCCCGCCCUGGACACGUCGGCCCCCGCCGGAACACGUCGGCCCCGCCCUGGACCGCGGCCUGGACACGUCGGCCUCGCCCUGGAACGUCGGCCCGCCCUGACACGUCGGCCUCGGCCCCCCAGACACGUCGGCCCCGCCCUGACACGUCGGCCCUGGAACACGUCGGGCCCUGGAUACGUCUGGCACGUCCGCCCUACGUCCGCUGGACACGUCGGCCCCGCCCUGGACACGUCGGCCGUCGCCCCUGGAACGUCCGGCUCGCCCUGGAACGUCCUGGCACUCGCCUGGGACUACACGUCGGCCCCGCCCUGGACACCGUCUGGACACCCGCCCUGGACACGUCGGCCCCGCCCUGGACACGUCGUUCCCCAAGACACAAAGGGAAUGACGUCGCUCUUCGUUGCAGAUCGCCGAAGAGGGAACCGGGAAAUUAA